GGAAAUAUGAAAAGAGCCGGGCAGAACCCAAACGGCACUGCUGGUUAGGCCGAGGCUUGCCAGCUCCAGCGGGGAGCAAAUCAAAGGGUUUGCUUCACUUAUCCAUCCACCCGUGAUUUUCCAGUGCUUUGGAAGUUGCAGUUCCUUCGCUAACAGUGGGAUGGGUCGGUUGCAAAAGGUUCUCAUUCCCUUUUUGGGAUUGGUUUUGGCCUUCUGGUUUUAUUCUGCGAGGGAGAAUUUCAAACCAGAGAUGCUGAAAGGGAAGCGGGUGAUUGUCACUGGAGCAAGCACCGGGAUUGGCGAGCAGAUGGCUUAUCACCUGGCACGGAUGGGGUCCCACAUUCUGAUCACAGCACGGACAGAGGCCAAGCUCCAGAAAGUGGUGGAGCGGUGCCUGGAGCUGGGGGCAGCCUCGGCGCGGUACGUCAGCGGCACCAUGGAGGACAUGGCCUUCGCCGAGCACGUGGUGAAGGAGGCAGAGGCCUCCCUGGGGGGCCUAGACAUGCUGAUCCUUAACCACGUUGGCACAUCGUACUUCGGCUAUUUCGAUGGGGACGUUGGGCACGUACGAAAGCUCCUGGAGAUCAACUUCCUCAGCUACGUGGCGAUGACCGUGUCUGCCCUGCCCAUGCUGAAGGAGAGCGAGGGCAGCAUCGUGGUGGUUUCAUCCAUGGCGGGUAAAGUCGGGUUUCCCUUCACGGUUCCCUACUCUGCAACUAAGUUUGCCUUGGAUGGAUUUUUCAGCUCCCUGAGGCAGGAAUUCAGCAUUCAGAGCGUCAACGUCUCCAUCACGCUCUGCAUCCUCGGCUUCAUCGAUACCGGUAAGAGGAGGCUGUGUGAUCGGGGCCAUCAGGGGCCGAGCAUCCAUCCCCAUCCCCGGGUCCUACCCUGCCCUUUACCUCCCCCCGCCUCUUCCCCUUCACCUCUGCCCUCUUCCUCCAGCCCUGCCAUAGCGCGAGCAUGUGCAACACAUGCUCAGGUCUGGGGGAUCCUACGAAAAUCCAGUCUCAGAACUCAUUUCCUUCCCCACGCUGCGUAAAACCAGCUGCCACGUACAGGCUGGGAUGUACUAAGUGACUGUCAGGCUGCGCCAG